CCAUGUUGUCCUGUGGCCUUUCCAAUAAAGUUUUCUUUUUCAAAGCCCCAAGAUGGCGGAAUACGACCUCACGACCAAGAUAGCGCAUUUUCUCGACCGGCAUUUGGUUUUCCCCCUUCUGGAAUUCCUUUCCGUGAAAGAGAUCUACAAUGAAAAGGAGCUCUUCCAAGGCAAGCUGGACCUCCUCAGCGAGACCAACAUGGUGGACUUCGCCAUGGACGUUUACAAGAACCUUUAUCCUGACAAGGAGAUCCCACAUUCCUUGAAGGAGAAGAGGGGGACCGUUGUGGCGCAGCUCAAGCAGCUCCAGUCGGAGACGGAGCCCAUCGUCAAGAUGUUUGAGGACCCCGAGACGACGAGGCAGAUGCAGUCCACGAGAGAUGGGAGGAUGCUCUUUGAUUAUCUGUCAGAGAAACACAAUUUCCAACAAGAGUACCUGGACACGCUGUACAGGUACGCCAAGUUCCAGUACGAGUGUGGAAACUACUCUGGCGCUGCCGAGUACCUCUACUUCUUCCGUGUCUUGGUUCCGUCGACAGACAGAAACGCUUUGAGUUCCCUGUGGGGCAAACUGGCCUCUGAGAUCCUCAUGCAGAACUGGGAGGCCUCCAUGGAGGAUCUGACCCGACUCAGGGAGACCAUUGACAACAAUUCGGUGAGCUCCCCUCUCCAGUCGCUCCAGCAGAGGACCUGGCUCAUCCACUGGUCCCUGUUCGUCUUCUUCAACCACCCCAAAGGCCGAGACAACAUCAUCGAGCUCUUCCUCUACCAGCCUCAGUACCUGAACGCCAUCCAGACCAUGUGUCCGCACAUCCUGCGCUACCUCACCACCGCCGUCAUCACCAACAAGGACGUGCGCAAGCGGAGACAAGUUCUCAAGGACCUGGUCAAGGUCAUUCAGCAGGAGUCGUACACGUACAAGGACCCCAUCACGGAGUUCGUGGAGUGCCUCUACGUCAACUUCGACUUUGACAGCGCCCAGAAGAAGCUGAGGGAGUGCGAGUCGGUUCUGGUCAACGACUUCUUCCUGGUGGCGUGUCUGGAGGACUUCAUCGAGAACGCUCGCCUCUUCAUCUUCGAGACCUUCUGCCGCAUCCACCAGUGCAUCAGCAUCAACAUGCUGGCCGACAAGCUCAACAUGACGCCCGAAGAGGCGGAGAGGUGGAUCGUCAACCUCAUCCGCAACGCCCGGCUGGAUGCCAAGAUCGACUCCAAGCUGGGUCACGUGGUGAUGGGCAACAACGCCGUGUCGCCCUACCAGCAAGUCAUCGAGAAGACGAAGAGCUUGUCCUUCCGCAGCCAAAUGUUGGCCAUGAACAUCGAGAAGAAGGUGGCCCACAACAACAGGAACGAGACACCAAACUGGGCUGCUCAAGACUCUGGAUUUUAUUAAAAAAAAAAAAAACAA